UUGCUCCAUAAACCGCCUACAAUCAUCCAUCAAUCUGUGGUCUCUACUCGAAUUAUCAUAUGUCCCCUGAAAUAUUGUAGUAAUCCCUUCUGAAAUCUCAAGCAGCCCACCUCAUCUAGUUCCCCUUACCCCCUCUCUCUCUCCCGUCUGUAUAAUUGUAGUGGAAUAUUGGUACAUUUUUGGUUCCAACGAUUCAGUAGCAGCAAAAUUAAAAAUAGGGAGAGAGAGAGGGAGAGGAGAGGAAUUGAGGUUUGGGUGCUUUUGGGUUUUGGCCUAUAAAGCUUUUAUCUCAUCCCUCUUUCAUGCCUACCUGAAUUCUCUCCGACCCUUCUUCAGCUUUGUCCUCUUAACCCCUUUCAUUCUUCUUUUCUCAAUCCGGUUUUUGGGAUGCAAUUCAGCUGAAAGGCAAUAGAUUUGAUAACAAGCGCAGAGGCAAAUAGCUCAGGUUUCAGGGCAAAAAAAAGUUAUUAACUUUACUCGGUUAAAUGUAUAUGCGAUUGGAUAUCAUCCUUUUUCUUACUUGAAAUUUUGCUUCUUUCCUUUAGUCGCAUCGUGGGUUUUCUCUUUGGUGCAAAUGUUUAAAUUGGGUUCUGCUCAGCUGUCUCAUUUAAGUCAUCAGUGGUUUGAGAAUUAGGGUUUUUGAUGUUAGAGUUGAUUGUUUUACUGGUGUGGGAAUUUGGAUGUUAUGAUUUGAGUUAAAUGGUAUCUUGGUUUUGCUUUGUAUGAUCAUUGGAUUGUGGAAUUAGCAUUUUGUGUUGAAAAGGCGAUUGCUUCUUUGUUUGGGUGUGGACCAUCUGUGCUUUUGGAAAUUGAGUACGUUCAGGUGAAAAGAUUAUCAAUUCUAUAGUUCAUUUUGCUCCUCAUUUCAACGGCUUUGUGAUUCAAGUCUGUUUAGAUCAAAUAUAUCCCAGCUUGUCAUUGCUGCUUUUGGUGAUUACGGAUUUAAAUGCAAAGGCUCUGAGUUCUAAAACAUUUGUCAGUUGCUGGUUUUAAGUGAAGGGAUUGGAAACGUACGUUGAUAUAUCACUGGUUUGGUAACCUUGGAUUUUGUUGACUGAUUGACUAUGAGUCGGAAGGUGAGGAGGAGGUUGACCAGGAGGGGAAAAGAGAAAGUGGAUUACCCAGAUAUUGAAGAAUCUUUCGUUUUGGAUGAUAAGGGUGUGGUUGAUUGGACUAAGCUGCCAGAUGAUACAGUGAUACAGUUGUUUUCAUGUCUUAAUUACCGUGAUCGGGCGAGCUUGUCAUCGACAUGUCGGACAUGGAGAACCCUGGGGUCCUUGCCGUGCUUGUGGCAGGUACUCGAUCUCAGGCCGCAUAAAUGUGAUGCUGCGGCAGCUACUUCUCUUGCCUCUCGAUGUCGAGAUCUGCAGAAACUCCGGUUCCGUGGUGCUGAAUCUGCUGAUGCAAUUAUUAAUCUUCAAGCUAGAAGUUUGAGCGAGAUUAGUGGUGAUUAUUGCAGGAAAAUUAGUGAUGCUACACUCUCGGUUAUUGCUGCUCGACAUGAGAAGCUUGAGAGUCUCCAACUUGGGCCAGAUUUCUGCGAAAGAAUAAGCAGUGAUGCAGUAAAAGCAGUGGCCCUAUGCUGUAGUCAUCUGCGGAAACUUAGGCUCUCAGGUAUUCGUGAAGUUGAGGGAGAUGCCAUUAAUGCUUUGGCCAGGAAUUGUCCAAAUUUAAUAGACGUUGGCUUUAUUGACUGUCUUAGUAUUGAUGAGAUAGCACUGGGAAAUGUUUUAUCAGUUCGUUUCCUAUCGGUUGCUGGGACAACUAGUGUGAAGUGGUCAAUGGUUUUACAGCAUUGGAACAAAUUGCCUAACUUAGGAGGUUUAGAUGUUUCUAGGACAGAUAUAAUUCCUAAUGCUGUUUCAAGAUUAUUUUCAUCUUCACAAAGCUUGAAAGUCUUGUGUGCCUUAAAUUGUCCAGCCCUUGAGGAAGAUGCUAGCUUUGUUUCCAACACCAAUCAUAGAGGUAAACUGCUACUUGCACUUUUCACAGAUAUUUUCAAAGGAGUAGCUUCCCUAUUUGCCGAUACUACUAAACAAGAGAGGAACACUUUCUUAAAUUGGCAAAACACAACCACCAAGGACAAGAAAUUGGAUGAGAUCAUGAAUUGGCUGGAAUGGAUCCUGUCACAUUCACUUCUACGUAUUGCUGAGAGCAAUCCACAAGGUUUAGAUAAUUUCUGGCUUAGCCAAGGUGCAUAUCUGCUGCUUAGUUUGAUGCAGAGCACUCAAGAGGAAGUUCAAGAAAGGGCAGCGACUGGCCUUGCAACUUUUGUAGUCAUUGAUGAUGAGAAUGCUAGUAUAGAUGGUGGAAGAGCUGAAACAGUUAUGCGAGAUGGUGGCAUUCGUCUCCUCCUAAACCUUGCAAAGUCAUGGCGGGAGGGGCUUCAAUCAGAAGCUGCAAAGGCUAUAGCAAACUUAUCAGUCAACACCAACGUUGCAAAAGCUGUGGCCGAGGAAGGAGGUAUUGAUAUUCUAGCAAAUUUGGCUAGGUCUAUGAACAGGUUGGUUGCUGAAGAGGCUGCAGGAGGACUGUGGAACCUAUCAGUUGGGGAAGAGCAUAAGGGUGCCAUUGCCCAAGCUGGUGGUGUAAAAGCUCUAGUCGAUCUUAUAUUCAAAUGGUCCAAUGGGGGUGAGGGAGUAUUGGAGCGUGCUGCUGGUGCAUUGGCGAAUUUGGCUGCAGAUGACAAGUGCAGCAUGGAGGUUGCUUCAGUAGGAGGGGUACAUGCUUUGGUAACUCUAGCUCGAACUUGCAAAGUUGAUGGUGUGCAAGAGCAGGCAGCCCGUGCCUUGGCAAAUUUGGCUGCACAUGGAGAUAGCAACAGUAAUAAUGCAGCUGUUGGACAAGAGGCGGGAGCUCUUGAAGCACUUGUACAACUUACUCAGUCUCCUCAUGAUGGUGUCAGGCAAGAAGCCGCUGGGGCGCUGUGGAACUUAUCUUUUGAUGAUCGGAAUCGAGAAGCAAUUGCUGCUGCUGGAGGAGUUGAAGCCUUGGUUGCUCUUGCAAAUUCAUGUUCAAAUUCUUCUCCUGGUCUCCAAGAGAGAGCUGCUGGAGCUUUAUGGGGACUGUCUGUUUCAGAAGCAAAUAGCAUUGCUAUUGGACGAGAUGGUGGUGUGGCACCCCUGAUAGCAUUUGCACGAUCUGAUGCUGAGGAUGUCCAUGAAACUGCUGCUGGAGCUCUUUGGAAUCUGGCUUUUAACCCGGGUAAUGCCCUUCGUAUAGUGGAGGAAGGGGGUGUUCCUGCAUUAGUUCAUCUUUGUUCUUCAUCUGUGUCCAAAAUGGCGCGCUUCAUGGCUGCAUUGGCCUUGGCAUACAUGUUUGAUGGAAGAAUGGAUGAAGUUGCACUGGUAGGGACUUCAUCGGAAAGUACAUCAAAGACUGUUAGCUUAGAUGGAGCAAGAAGAAUGGCUCUGAAGCACAUUGAAGCUUUCAUUCUUACAUUUUCUGACCAACAAGCAUUUUCUGCUGCUGCUGUGUCAUCAGCUCCAGCUGCAUUGUCACAAGUAACAGAAUCUGCUCGAAUUCUUGAAGCGGGUCAUCUGCGAUGCAGUGGAGCUGAAAUUGGGCGAUUUGUUGUUAUGCUACGAAAUCCCUCGUCUGUUCUCAAGGCAUGUGCUGCUUUUGCCCUUCUACAGUUCACAAUCCCUGGUGGUAGGCAUGCUGCGCAUCAUGUGAGCCUCUUGCAAAAUGCUGGAGCACCUAGAGUUCUCCGUGCUGCAGCUGCUGCAGCUACUGCACCUCUUGAAGCUAAAAUCUUUGCAAGAAUUGUACUUCGAAACCUUGAGCACCAUCAAACAGAUCCCUCGUUCUUAUAAGCCUAGUAGUAAUACUCCAAUCUUUGUGCAGGCUUAUUAGCUUUAGUCGAUGAUUGUCUUCAAUCUUUUACCUUGAGUUGGCUGUGAAAAGGAAUAUUUUCAGUAGUUCUGCUAAUAGGGUUGUAUUAUAUAUUUUUUUCCCCAUAUCUUUCAGUGAUUUCUUUACAGCAUAAACAUAAUAUAGGUAUUCUUCAUAAGGGAUUGGUGCAAAAGGCCAGUGCCUUGAAAUUUUGUGUUUUAUAUGAAUCUUGAUAACAUGUUUGAUAUGUAUAUGUUAGUGACUUUUUGGGACUCCUUGACUU